AUGGUUUUGACUACUGGAUGCUUGUUAAGAUCAGUAGACUGGUUCCAACUGGCCUUUCUAGCUUUUCCGCCGCUGCUACUUUACUAUGGGUCCUCGCAUGUGCAUUACCAGUCUAAGACUUUGAUCUGGCAAGUUUUGCUGCAAUUCCUUGGCGGUGUUUCUAUUACUGCGGGGUAUCAUCGUCUAUGGUCCCAUAGGUCAUAUCAAGCAAGCCGCCCGUUAAAAUAUUUCCUCGCGGCCUUUGGGGCCAGUACCUGCCAAUGGUCUAUUAUGUGGUGGGUGCGACACCAUCGAGCGCAUCAUCGGUAUGUCGACACCGACCGAGACCCAUACAAUGCUAAGAGAGGACUCUUUUAUUCGCACGUCGGAUGGCUUCUCAUGAGAAAUGGUGAACAAACUUGGGGCAAGGUUGACCUGUCCGACUUAAAAGAAGACCCCAUAGUCGUGUGGCAACAACGGUAUUAUGUCGCUAUCGCAGCCAUUACAGGGUUGAUCCUACCAGUGUCCGUCGCCCACUUUGGCUGGGACGACCUUCGAGGCGGAUUAGUGUACGCGACUUGCUUCCGACUCGUAUGGACCUGGCAUGUCACCUUCUGUAUCAACUCACUUGCCCACUGGGCGGGUACUCAGCCGUUUUCGACAAGAUCCUCUGCACGCAAUAAUUGGCUCCUCGGCUUCGUUUCUCUCGGAGAAGGGUGGCAUAACUUUCACCAUGCAUUCCCUUACGACUACAGGAAUGGGGUCCAUUGGUACCAAGCUGAUAUUACGAAAUGGUGCAUCUGGAUCUGGGAGAAGUUAGGAUUAGCGAAAAAUCUCAAGAGGAUUCAUUCGCGUCCGAAGGUUGUGGGUAUUUAG